UGCACGUGCUUCCCACUGAUUGGGUUCUACAUGAUUCCCCCCAAAAUUGAAUGAGUUUAUGAUAAGAGAAAGAACAACUAUGGCCUACCCUUCUUUACUGUCACACAAGACAAAAGUCUUUGAUGAAACCAUGACAAUGAUAGGAUAGAAAGAGAGAGAAAGAGAGAGAAAUUUACACAUAGUGACUGUGUUAGUGUGUGUAAUAAAAGUGAUUGAAAAAAGGAUUUGGCUUUCAAGAAAGAAAGAAAAGAAAAGAACCCAUCUUUUUUUACACACAGUGAGUGUGUUCUACGUGUCAAAAGAGUGAUUUUGUGAGUAAAGAAAAGUGCGUGUUUUUGUUUGAGUUCAAAAUCUUCCUCUUCUUCUUCACUUGCCAUUAUAUGCCACCAAUUUUAACUUCUACUUCUGAUCUAAAUCUACACACACUUAGUGUGUUUCUGUGUGUUAAGUGUGAGUGAGAGGAGGGUUUUUUGUUGUUUUGCUUUCCAAGAUCUCUUUACACACAAAGAGUGUGUGUGUGUGUGUGUAAAAGAGAGUGAUCAGAAAAAGGGUUUCUGUUGUGUUGUUCUUCAGAAUCAUUGCUUUGUAUACACACAGUAUACAAAGUUAGAUGUGUGUUAAAAAGGGUAGUGAUUUCAUUGAAAAAGAAAAGGGUUUUUUUGCCUCAUGUGAUGUUCUAGCUUCAAGAUCGUUUCUUUUACACAAAGUUAGUGUGUGUAACUAUGUGCUAAAAGUAAGUGGUUUUAGCAAGUAAUUAGAAAAAGGGUUUUAAUUUUCUUGUGUUCUUCAUCAUUUCUUUUCACUUUCACACACAGUGAACGUGUUUUCUGUGUGUGUGUGUGUUGCAAGGAAUUCAAGAAAAGGGUUGGUAUCUCUUUGUGGGGGUUUUCAAGAUUUCUUUCUACACACAGCAAACGUGUUUUCUCUGUGUGUGUGUUGCAAGGAAUUCAAGAAUCUCUUGUGGGGUUUUCAAGAUUUCUUUCUACACAGAGUGAGAGUGUUUCUAUGUGUUAAUUAGAAGUGGGCACUUCAAAACAAGAGUUGAUUCUCUUGUGUUCUUCAAGAAAACCUUCAUUUAAUUUCACAGAGUAAAAGUGUGUUUGUGUGUGCUAAAAGUGUGUGAUUACAUCAAUUUUAGGGUUCAAGACUAUGUUUGAUGGAGUCCCAGUUGAGCAAUUUCACCAAUUCAUCUCCACACCCUCAUCAAGAAUCCCUUCAAAUUCUUCUUCUUUGAUCCAAACCCCACCAAUUUCAACUUCAACAAACCUCAAUUUUCUAUCUUUUGAUCCUCUUUUAUUCCCUCCACCACUUCCUACUCAUCAAUCCCUUUUUCAAGCCCAACAUUUUCUUCGAACACCGACACGAGAUCAAUUCAAUGGUACCCACGACGACGCCACAGGCAAACUAGAUCAAGAAAUCGAUCUAGGGAUAGAUAUAAACGACUCGUGGUCAAAUGAUGAAGUUAUUCAACUCUUGAGGAUCAAAUCGAGUUCGGAGAAUUGGUUUCACGAUUUCACUUGGGAUCAUGUUUCCAGGAAGCUAGCAGAGAUGGGGUACAAAAGGAGUGCAGAAAAAUGCAAAGAGAAGUUUGAAGAAGAAACUUGCAGAAGUUUCAGUAGUACCAUUGGGUACAACAAGAACAGUAGCAGGUACUUGAUCAGUGAAGAGCUUGAUGAACAUCUCUACAAUCCUCAUCAUGAUCAUCAAAACACUCACCAUGUCCCCAUUGAUCAAACACCUCAUGAAGAAACUGUCGAUGAUCACCAAGAUCAACCACCACAAGUAGCACUAGAUGGUCAAAAGAUAGGAGAUGAUGAUGAUCAAAAUCAUGAGGCCCAGGGGCAAAAAGGUCAUUUUGAAAAGGACCCAGAUGAGAUCAUGGUACAAACAGCUGAUGAAGAUGAUACUGUGGUAGGAGUGAACAAAAGCAAGAAAAGAAAAAGAAAGCACAAGAAAUUCAAGAUGGUCAAAGGGUUGUGUGUUGACAUGGUGCAGAAGAUGAUGGCUCAGCAAGAGGAAAUGCACAAAAGGCUACUCGAAGACAUGGCGAAUCGCGAGAAGGAGAAGAUCGAGAGAGAAGAAGCUUGGAGGAAGGAAGAAAUCGAAAGGGUAAAAGUGGAAAUUCACAUCAGAGAACAUGAACAAGAGAUGGCAAGAGAUAGGCAGUCUACCAUCACUGAGUUCCUCAACAAGAUCACUUCUUUUGACCAAAAGAUUCAACUCCCUCUUGAUAUCAACUUACAAGACCUUCAAACUAAUGUAACACACAUUGACAAGCCCAUACCCUUUUAUGAAAUUACCGAAAUACCCUCUUCCGAGAAGAUCACCGAAGACCAUAAUCAAGACAAGCCAACAACAAAAGAUGACAUUGGAAAAAGAUGGCCAAGAGAUGAAGUGUUGGCAUUGAUAAACAUAAGGAGCAAUGUGAACAAUGGCAUUGGUGGUAAUAGUGAAGAACACCAAGGGUUAAUUGGUUAUAACAAGAGCGGGGGCGGCGGCGGCGGUGGUGGUUCGUUGUGGGAGAGGAUAUCACAAGGGAUGUUAGAGUUGGGAUACAUAAGAAGUGCAAAAAGGUGUAAAGAGAAAUGGGAGAAUAUAAACAAGUACUUCAGGAAAACAAAAGAUGCAAACAAGAAGAGAUCUUUGGAUUCAAGAACUUGUCCUUAUUACCAUCAAUUAAGCAAAUUGUACAACCAAGAGAAGCAAGUGUCAUCGUCCCACUCCGCCGGUUUAUCCUCCGAUGAGCCGGAAAAAUGUCCGACGACCGAAAUCAUGCCGGAAAACUAAUGGGGUUCGCCGGAGAUCAAUGUUAUAUGUGAUCAUGAGGUUUAUUAUAUUGUUCAUGGAGAGGCUUAAUAAGUAGACUUUGUUGAUGUUGUUUUUAUGCGUUUUUAUUUAGUACAUUUUUUAUUUUCCAUAAUGUUAAAUUGGGUAAUAACAUUUUUGUUUAGAUUAUUUGUCGUAUCGACGUUGUGGAAAUCAUUCUGAA